AGCCUGCCUUCGUUUACCCACGUCCCCCUGGAGCGGAUGUCUGGUUGGGGAACUACAGUUUAUCCUGUAGAACUAUGGCCAAAUCUCCAUGAAUGCUUUGCUAAUUUCCAGCACUUUACUCCCGGGACCUACAUACGGGGCUGGAAUUUAUUCCAAAUGCGUCCGAAGAAAUGACCUUUUAAACCGUUUUUAAAAUAUCUUUUUAAAAAAUUCCUGAAAACAGGAUUUGAUAGGCUUAAAAACAUGACAGGUAAGAACUUUCUCUCUUUCUAGUCCCAGACCGCCCGUCGCAGGAACGGCGGGAGGAGAGCCCGGGGACCCGUGUGCCCUUCGAGGCUUGCAGGCGCUCGGCCCGCGGCUGCUUUCGGGAGAGGCACAGCCCUUGCUUCUGGACCACGGGGCCGGCGCCUGGGGAAGCUGCUGGGGCGCGCGGGGAGGCGGCGCUGCGCUCCACCUGCCCUGCCCUGCCCUGCCCCGGACGCAGCCUGGGGGCGAGGCGUCGAGGGACCAACCCAAUUCAAUAUUCGGAAUUUUAAUAAACCAAGGAAUGGGAUUUUAAUUAUUCAAAAACCUGGCUCCUCUGGACCAGAUGCUGUUGGGAUGGUCCUGGUCACACAGUAUUAAAGAGACCUAUCUCUAAGAGGACGGGGGGAAAAAAGCGUCCUAGACAUCCGCUGCAAUUUACGAAUGAACCAGACUUGGUAGCACAGGGCAUUGAUUGCUGGUGCCCAACCGGACGGACCCUCCUCCCCUCUCUCCCCAUUCCUCCCCCCACCCACCCGAGGCAGCCUCCUGCGGCGGCGGCCGGGACCUCGCGUCCCCGCAUCGUGGCCGGGGCUGCAUUUUUCAUGAGCCCGGGGUGAACAGGUGCGAAGUGCGGUGGGAGCCUCCGGCCAGCGGCCGGGCGCGGGGAACAUGGAGAGCGAGCGCGACAUGUACCGCCAGUUCCAGGACUGGUGCCUCAGGACUUACGGGGACUCAGGCAAGACCAAGACGGUGACCCGUAAAAAAUACGAGCGGAUCGUCCAGCUCCUCAAUGGCUCCGAGUCGAGCUCCACGGACAACGCCAAAUUUAAAUUCUGGGUCAAAUCGAAGGGCUUCCAGCUGGGCCAGCCGGACGAGGUCCGCGGGGGAGGCGGCGGCGCCAAGCAAGUGCUCUACGUGCCUGUCAAGACCACGGAUGGCGUAGGGGUAGAUGAGAAGCUGUCUUUACGGCGGGUAGCUGUAGUCGAAGAUUUCUUUGAUAUUAUCUAUUCGAUGCAUGUGGAAACAGGGCCAAAUGGAGAACAAAUUCGGAAACAUGCUGGACAAAAGAGAACUUACAAAGCAAUUUCAGAGAGCUAUGCCUUCCUACCACGAGAAGCGGUGACACGAUUUCUAAUGAGCUGCUCAGAGUGCCAGAAAAGAAUGCAUUUAAACCCAGAUGGAACAGAUCAUAAAGAUAAUGGAAAACCUCCCACUUUGGUGACCAGCAUGAUUGACUACAACAUGCCAAUUACCAUGGCCUAUAUGAAGCACAUGAAACUGCAGCUGCUAAACUCACAGCAAGAUGAGGAUGAAAGUUCAAUAGAAAGUGAUGAAUUUGAUAUGAGUGAUUCAACACGGAUGUCAGCUGUGAACUCUGAUCUUAGCUCCAAUCUUGAGGAAAGAAUGCCAAGUCCUCAGACUCUUCAUGGCCAGCAAGAUGAUGAUUCUGCUGCGGAGAGUUUUAAUGGCAAUGAGACUCUGGGGCACAGUUCAAUUGCUUCAGGGGGAACACAGAGCAGGGAGAUGGGAGACUCCAACAGUGAUGGCAAAACUGGGCUGGAGCAGGAGGAACAGCCACUGAACCUGAGUGACAGUCCCCUGUCUGCACAGUUGACUUCGGAAUACAGAAUAGAUGACCAGAGCAGUAAUGGAAAAAACAAAUAUAAGAAUCUUCUAAUUUCGGACCUCAAGAUGGAACGAGAGGCGAGAGAAAAUGGAAGCAAGUCUCCGGCGCAUAGUUACUCAAGCUAUGAUUCUGGCAAAAAUGAGAGCGUAGAACGAGGCGCUGAGGACCUGUCACUAAACAGGGGAGAUGAGGAUGAAGAUGACCACGACGACCACGACGAUUCAGAGAAAGUGAACGAGACAGACGGCGUUGAAGCUGAGCGGCUGAAAGCUUUUAAUAUGUUUGUCAGGCUGUUUGUAGAUGAAAACUUGGACCGAAUGGUCCCAAUCUCUAAGCAGCCCAAAGAAAAGAUCCAGGCUAUCAUUGACUCAUGCAGGCGACAAUUCCCUGAGUAUCAAGAGCGUGCCAGAAAACGUAUACGUACUUACCUCAAGUCCUGCAGGCGGAUGAAAAGAAGUGGUUUUGAGAUGUCUCGACCUAUUCCUUCUCACCUUACUUCAGCAGUUGCAGAGAGUAUCUUGGCUUCAGCCUGUGAGAGUGAGAGUAGAAAUGCUGCCAAGAGGAUGCGUCUGGAGAGACAACAGGAUGACUCUGCUCCAGCUGACAGACAGUGUAAGCCAGAGGCGGCCCAGGCCACUUACUCCACAUCAGCUGUUCCCGGCUCGCAGGAGGUGUUGUACAUCAACGGCAAUGGGACCUACAGUUACCAUAGUUACAGAGGGCUAGGAGGAGGACUGCUAAAUCUGAAUGAUGCUUCCAGUAGUGGACCCACUGAUCUCAGCAUGAAGAGGCAGUUGGCGACCAGCUCAGGAUCCUCCAGCAGUUCAAACUCCAGACCCCAGCUGAGUCCAACUGAAAUCAAUGCUGUGAGACAGCUUGUUGCAGGAUAUCGAGAAUCAGCUGCAUUUUUAUUGCGUUCUGCAGAUGAACUGGAAAAUCUCAUUUUACAACAGAACUGAGUCAAAUGACAACCACAUUCACUGAGGUCUAAAUUUGCAGUUUCCACUAAUGACAUUUUGAUUUCCCAGCAGAGAUACUUCUGGUCUUACUACAAAGUCUCUUAAGAGAAAUACUUCCAUUAUGCCACAUUGUCCUUGAUCCAUAAAGUGAUGUGUUAAGGUGCUUCAAAGGAACUCUGACCUCUGAAGUACUCGAGAUACUUUAAUGUGUCCAGCCUAUUGCUUUUUGUUUUAGUGUGUCAGCAUAAAUAUCAGGAGGAAAAAGGCUGUAUAUUCUUAACUCAAGGAUAAAAAAAGAAGCUUGUGGUAUAAAAGAUAGUUCAAGAUCCAACUGAAAUAUUAGUGGAAUUUGCUACUGACUCAUUGGACUGAAAGCUGAAGUCUCUGGCAAAAAAAAAAAAAAAAAGCCAAAUUUCUUGUUGCUACCAGGAUAUAACAACAAUGAAAAGGAUCUUGUAUUUUAAAAAAUGUAAUUUUUAUAAAAAGAAAACUUGUUUUUCAUUCAAAAUUGUCAUUUUUACUUUGGUAACUUUUUCAUAGGUCCUAAAAGAAAACUGUUUUGAAAAUCUACUGUAAGUACCUUUUCCACAUCCCUUUGCCUUCUCCUCUUUCCAAAUUCUUUCUACAAAAACAACACUUGAUGCUGGAAAAAACCCUUGCCUACGUUCUUUAAAUCGUCACAUCAGGAACUACUUCCAAGAGAAGCCUGCAUUUCUGCACCCAUGCUGAUCUCAAAAACCCCAUUCACCAUUGCAGCUUUACUGUAACAGUUUUCAUCACAGAAUUUUUUAAUAUUAAAAAGACAUAUCAUUGGAAAAAAAAUCACAUUUUGGUUUCUUAGAGCUGCUUUCUGCAGGCAUCUGUCUAGCAGCAACUGGAUGUAAAUGACUGAAUGUUAAGAGGUUGCAAGUGACAAUCUGAAAAUUUGCACUCUUGUGUGUACUUUACUUUUCAUUUCUUUCAGAAAGUUUCAAAAAAGACGCUUAUAUCUCCUGAUAUGAUUUGUAUAAUGUUCAGUUCUAGCUAAAAAUAAUGUAAAAAACUCUCAGCAGAUGCAGCUGCAACAUACAUUGAACUGUUUUCCUCCCAUUUCCCAUACUUUGCCCUUCUUAUUUUAUAGUGUUGGAUACAUGAGUGGUGUUUUCUUUGUGCACUGAGGCAAGCCUAUUUUUAAAAUAUUUAGGGAGAAGUACUUUAGUUCAUGCUCCUUGUACAACUUUUUUUCUGUUGUUUAGCUUUUGUUGGAUUACCAAUUCUUUGUGCAUUCUUGAAUUUGCCUUAUUUUAUGUAAAAUUUAUGUCAUUCAGUUUUUGACAAUGAGUUUAAGGCAUCAGUGAUAUUUCUUAUCUACUUGUUACAUAUAGUUUUUAAGUAAUGACUGUGAUUGUGACCAAGUAAUGUGCACUUUUUCUUGUAACUGUGGACAUUGCUAUGCUUUUUUCUUCUAGUGUUUCUAGAAUUACUGUUCCUUACAGUUACGUAAACAAAAAAAGAACUUUUGUGAUACUGUUGGUGAAUAUAAUGUGAAAAUCUUAUUGAAAUAUGAGUAUUUUGGAAAUACAUAGAUGCACAAACAUCUUUAAAGGUGUGGAUUUAGAGUUUGCUUAUUUAAAUGAAAAUUCAAAAAUUGAGGGCUGGUAUAAUUUUCUCUGCUUUGUUUGGUUUAAUAAACAGAUUUCUGUGUUAAAACAA